CUCCGCGAAUGGCAUUUCGCGGCGAGGAAUUCAGAGGGGCGGCAACAUUGUCAGCCGGACCGGAAGGAAAAUGGCGGCGACCUAGAGCGAGGUGUUUUGGUGCGAGGGUGUCGUCUGCGUUGAUUUUGCCCGUUUUCCUUGGUUUGCGGCGCCCCGCCGAUGGCGCAGCUGAAAGAGGAGUCUUCCUUCGUCGAGGAGAUCGACUUCGCCGAGGUGACCACGGUCGAGGUCGUCGGCCGGGGCUCUUUCGGCGUUGUGUGGCGAGCCGAGUGGCGACAGCGACCCGUCGCAGUCAAGAUCAUCGAGUCCGACUCGGAAAAACGGGCGUUCGCCGUCGAGAAAAAGCAGCUGUCGCGCGUCCGGCACGACAACAUCAUUCGUCUGUACGGCGCCAGCACUGUCCGGCCCGUUUGUCUUGUGAUGGAAUUUGCAGAGGGUGGCUCUCUUUACAAUUUAUUACACAGUCGGCCUCAUCGGCAAUACUCGGCAGGGCACGCCAUUAGCUGGGCUUUGCAGUGCGCCCGAGGAGUUGCCUAUUUGCACAGCCUGCAGCCGAAAGUGAUACACCGAGACCUUAAGCCGCCAAAUUUGCUCCUUGUUGAUCGAGGAGGCACCAGACUCAAAAUAUGCGACUUCGGAACCGCCAGGGAUCUGACCACCUGCGGCCAUCUCACAAACAACCAGGGCUCGGCCGCCUGGAUGGCCCCGGAGGUCUUCGAAGGCUCAAGUUACACGGAGAAGUGCGAUGUGUUCAGUUGGGGAAUUAUUCUUUGGGAGGUAUUGACUCGGAGACGGCCCUUUGACAACAUCAAAGGCACAACCGUUGCCAUUUUGUGGGCCGUCCACACGGGACAGCGGCCGCCGCUAAUCUCAAAUUGUCCGCCACCUUUGGAGGCUCUAAUGACAGGGUGCUGGGAAAAAGAAUCGUCAGAAAGACCUUCCAUGCAGGAUGUUGUUGACAAGAUGGAAAAAUUGGCCGUUCAUUUUCCUGGGGGUGACGUGCCAAUCACUGAGUACGAAGAUCAAAGCAGUGAGGUCGAAGAGGAGGAUGAAGAGGACGAAGAAGACGAGGGCACCAUUGAGACCUUCGGACCUCAAACAACCACUUCUCUUAACGGAACAAUUAGUUCGGUGCUUUCGACGCAAAUGGCCGCCCUCUCAGUGGAGGUGACCGAGCCGGAGCCCACUCCAGAAUCAAAGCCGCACCCCUUUGCCCGUCUCGAAGCUCUCACCGCCAGUCGGCCCACCACCCUCCUGACACCGCCCAAGAGGCCGCAGGUGCGCCAGUCCAACAUCAACAACGACCAGUGGGAGGUGGGCGACGAGAUCAGUCCUGUCGAGGAGGUCAAGAGUAUUCCUGCGGUGGCGAGUCUUCCGCCGGCGGCGCCGCGCGCCAAGGAGCAACAGCCCAGCGGCUCCGAGUCUGAGGAGCUGGACAACGUGUACCAGAUGCUGGACCCCAAGCUGCAGCCGCUGCCGCCCGACCCGGACAACCCGGACUCGCUGCGGGUGUUCAACGAGCACAAGCAGCUGGCGCAGGAGUACUUCAGGGUGCAGACCGAGAUGGCGUACACGCGGCAGUACAGGGACCACCUCGCCGAGAAGUUGUCCGAGGAGCAGCUGCAGCAACCCUCGCAGCAACUCGAGGAACUCGCUAAGCUCGAGAGCGAAAAGGAAAACUUGGAACAAUUGCAGCGGAACCUACGACGGCAGCUUGAGCUGAUCCGGAGGGCGCGGGGGGCGCCACCUGACUGGGUGGUGGUCCCGAGGACGUAGGUGGCCGGAGGAAUUUCGGCUGCCCCCUGACUGUGAUACUGCGACUAGUCCUCGGCCCCGUUAGUCAUUCCCGGCCGGCGGCCUCCCAGCCGACUCUCGUAUUUAUUUUCUCAACCAAGCAAAACAAUGUAACUGUUUAAGUAAAAAAGUGAGAUGCUAUGAAGAAAUUUAAUGCUACUAAUGCUCGCCUCUGGUACUUCCCCCGGGGAAGCGAAAUUUGUUAAAUGACUGUCAGGUUUUAUCCAGAGAUUAAUAAAUUUUGAUAAGUAAAUUUACUUAAAA